GCCGCGGCCGCAGCUCCGCCUCCAGCCGAGACGCCCCAGCCCAUGGGGAGCGGGCGCCGCUCUCCCCGCUCAGCCGGAGCCUGCAGCUUGGCGAGCCCCGCGCGGAGCUCUCGCCGCUCCGAGGGUGGUGGCGCUGCGCGGGCGAGCAUGCUGCAAGCGCGGCUGGCUCCCAGGCUGGCCGCUGCCUCCCGCUGCCUGCGCUCCGCGAGCUGGGGAGCGCUCCCCGUGGCAGCCGGCCGAGGGGCUGGUGCGGAGGCCGGGCUGGCGCGGAGUCAGGCCUCCCCGCCGAGGUGUUGCUCUGGCGUCAGGAGGAAGUGGAUCAGACCCACAGGCCGGGAUACCGGGAUCCAGACCUACAACAGCCUGAGCAGAAGCAAAGAACCCUUAAUACUGGCCAAUGCAGGAGUGGCGACCUGGUAUAGUUGUGGGCCAACAGUGUAUGAUCAUGCACACCUGGGGCAUGCUUGUUCCUAUGUUAGAUUUGAUAUUAUUCGAAGAAUAAUAACUAAAGUUUUUGGAAACCAAGUAGUCAUGGCGAUGGGGGUUACAGACAUAGAUGACAAAAUAAUUAAAAGAGCCAAUGAGAUGAACAUAUCGCCAUUAGCUCUUGCCCGAGUUUAUGAAGAAGACUUUAAACAAGACAUGGCUUCAUUAAAGGUUCUUCCCCCAACAGUAUAUAUGAGAGUGACUGAAAAUAUUCCUCAGAUAAUUUCUUUUAUAGAACGAAUAAUAGCUAAUGGACAUGCUUAUGCAACUUCCGAAGGUAAUGUUUAUUUUGAUGUCAAAUCUAGGGGAGAACGAUAUGGAAAGUUAACAAGUAUUCACCCUGAUGUACAAGAGGAAAUGGUUGAUAGUGAUAAGCGACAUCUCAAAGAUUUUGCCCUGUGGAAGGCAGCCAAACCUCAAGAACUUUAUUGGGCUUCUCCUUGGGGAAAAGGAAGACCUGGCUGGCACAUCGAGUGCUCUACAAUUUCGAGUACAGUGUUUGGAAGCCAACUGGAUAUCCAUACUGGUGGCAUAGAUCUUGCUUUCCCACAUCAUGAAAAUGAAAUUGCACAGUGUGAGGUUUAUCAUCAGUGUGAACAAUGGGGAAAUUAUUUUCUACAUUCUGGGCAUUUGCUUAUUAAAGGAAAUCAAGAAAAAAUGUCAAAAUCAUUAAAAAACUACAUUACAAUUAAGGAUUUUUUGACAAAGAAUUCAGCGGAUGAAUUCAGAAUGUUUUGUUUGCGCAGCAAGUACAGAUCAGCAAUAGAAUUUGGUGAUGACAGCAUGAAUGACUCAAAGAACCUGCUUCAGGCCAUCACUAAUUUUAUUAGUGAUGCAAAUGCUUAUAUGAAAGGACAGCUGGUGUGUGACCCCAUUAAGGAAGAUGUACUAUGGGAGAUGCUAGCCAACACAAAAGCAAAUGUAAAGGCUGCAUUUGCAGAUGACUUUGACACCUCCAGGGCUGUUGCUGCAAUUAUGGACCUCAUUCACCAUGGCAACAGACAGCUUAAGGCUGUUACUAAGGAAGGCGGAUCUCCUAGAAGCCCUGUUGUGUAUGGGACCAUGCUUUCCUAUAUAGAGGACUUCUUUAACACUGUUGGAAUAUCUCUUGGAGACAGACAGGUUGUUCCAGAAAACAAAAAUUUAGCUACGCUUUCCAGUGUGAUUGAUGAGCUAGUGAGCUUCCGUGUCAAGGUGCGGAAUUAUGCUCUUGCUAUGCCUGGAGCAACAGAAGCAGUGCAGGUGGAAGGUACCAUUCUAACAAAGGAAACAAAACAGGAAGAGAAAGAGACAAGACAGCAGUUACUGCUGGAGCGAGAACCCCUUCUGCAGGCUUGUGACAACCUGCGGCGAGACCUUGCUGCAUUUGGAAUCAACGUAAAGGACAGGGGCUCUACUUCUACGUGGGAAGUGGUGGAUCAACGAAGAGAAGAGCAAAGAACUGAAACUGGCAGCUGAUAUAGCACAGGAACAUGAGUGGACUGAUCACAUCGCAAUGAAUGCUUUAAGAACAACUGUAAAUUAAUUACUUCCCAAUCAAAGUUUCAAAAAGGAACCUUGCAGAAAUGUCUAUUAAUAGAAGUGUUAACUUAAAUAUCUCUCUGCUUGCCAUAACUUGCUUUUUCCCUUUGAGAAGUCAUUGAUCAUUUUCUGCAUCUAUUGUGAAAUAAGCUGGUAGUAACAAUGGUGGUUUUGUUCAAGUAAUGCAGCAAUUAACACAACUGAACAGCUGUAAAAAUGGGAUCUAUAAUCCAAGUAAUUAGCCUAUGAGCCAGGUUCACAUAUUUAAAAUAGGUACUCAGUACAAGAGUGCAGCUCUGACGUUCCCUUUGCUCCUGCUGAUUGGUCAUGCCCACUCCACUGGAGCCAGCCUAGGGGGUGACUGAGCUAGGCUAACUAAGGAGAGACAGAACCAGGGCAAAAAGGGUUGACUAAUUUUUUUUAGACCUUUUAAGGGAAAACCCCAAAAUUAUACCAGGAGUAUAAAUAUAUAACAUAAGAACACACUUUUCCCCCACUGCAGACAAGGACAAAAGGGUCUGUUCUUGCAUAACUUGAUAUAGGAGCAGGGCCUCAGUCUCUUCCAAUGAGAUUCCCCAUAAUCGUAAUACUUAUAAUAAUAAACUAUAGGCUACCAACACAUGAACCUUUGUAAGCUUGUACAUACUACAAUUGUCUGUGCAGAUACCAAACAUGUUAACAAAUGCACUUAGUGUCAUUUAAGAGAAAAUCAACUUUUCCUCUCCUUGGCUGUCAGUCCAGCUCCAUGCUUGCUGUCCUGUCCUUUGCUUCUCUUCCAAAGGACAUGCUCCUUAUGGCUGCUGUUCCUGGGGCUGAACCUUUUUCACCUAGUGACCCUCACAUGUCCAUUAGGCACCUUUGAACUGUUUUUCUUCAACAGAUGUUCAGUCAUUCUCCUGUUCACCUACUUUAGGUCCUCUGUGGGUGGGUGCCUCAUUUACUGUUUUCAGGACCUGUUUUCAUCUAAGACAGCUGUUCAAUUAUUUCCUUUGUUUGCUGUCCCCUUGGUACUGUUAGUGUAGAUUUUAUUUCCCUCUAUUUCUGUUCAUCAGGAGUGUCUGCCCAUGGAGCCAUGUCUCUCUUUUUCUGCUGCACCUGGGCUGAAACCUUUUCUAUUUUCCUUCUUUCCACUCCCCUACUUCUAUUAGCCUGUUCUUUUAGCACCUGACCUUGUACCCAGGCUCCACUUCAUCUGCUAGCUCAGCACCUAGACUCUUCUCCAACAGCCUUUUUUCCCCCCAACUUCCCCCUUACCCCAGGACAGCAUCUGGUGGUGGUACAGCAGGUGCUAGUGCUACUCUCAGGGUUACUACUCCUAUAGCUUUUGGUAAAAUUAUCAGAAGUGCUUUGGUGAAAUUUAAGUUGCUUUUGAAUUUUUUUCCCCCAUUUAUAUAGUACUCAGGCUUCUACAUUAUUUAAAACUCCAUAAAACAAUGCUAUUGAAGUAUAUAAAUAAGCAAGCCGCUUAGGCCAUCUGUAGUCUCCCAUGGCAUUCCAGGUCAUGGCAGAGAUGAACUACAGGUGCUUCCUUCAAAAGAAAAAAAAUGACAUGCAUUUUCCUCAGCCCAACACUAUAAAAAGUUGAAUUGCAGCUGCCAUUCUGAAAGCACUGAUCUUCCAGAAUAGUACAUUAUGUGUGACAGUGGAGAAGCCAGCAUCCUAAUGGGAGAAGGAACAUAAGCAAUUUAGAAACUUAAGGACCGGCUUCUUCCAAAAGAAGUGUUUUUUAAAAUUCAGCUACAAUAUUCAAAAAUGUUAAACUGCUUUAUAGCCUAAUCUGCUAGUGGAGACUUAUGCAAAGUCUCAGAGAAGGCACUGCAGCACUUUGUACCGAUAUAGGGCCUAUUAAGAACCCACUUUUUCCCCAUUGCAGACAAGGAAAAAAGGGUCUGUACUUGCAAAACUUGAAGUAGGAGCAGGACCUCAGUCUCUUCCAAUGAGAUUCCCCAUAACCACCUCCAGCUCUAGGCUCAGGAAUAUAAAGUUACAAUUAACAGUAGACACCAUGAAAACAAGCAUUUAAAAUACAUAGACUGUUCCUCUGAGUUCUUCUUUAACCUGUAAAGAAACCAGCUCUCACUUCAAGAAGGGGUUUGGUAGAAGGGUGGGAAGGGCUUCCACUUACUAAAAGACAUCUAGGAACUUUUCUAUGGAGCUAGUCUCAAUGUAUUCAACUGCUGGAAACCCUCUCUUAUCUCUGCUUAGCCUGUGGCUUCUUGUUGCAGCCAGCCUCACCACACCCAUUUGCUGAACCAGCCGCAGGGGUAUAGAGGGAAGUGUGGUGGGGGAGAUAAAUAUUCUCUUGUCCUUAAGCUUUAACAUUUCACAGGCACAGAACAAGCCUGACUCUUAAACUUCUGCUUUAUUCCAUAUCUGAUAACAUAGGUUAGGUCCUAUGAGGCCUGUAACCAGGUUAAGUAAAAGAUGCUAAUAACUUACCUAUGGCUAUUUCUGAUUCAAGGUGCCUGUAUUUCUAAUUCACUUUUGUACAACAUAAGUUACAGUUGCCUAACAAUGGUAGUGGAGAAAGCUCAGGAACUAUCAGCAUUAGGAAUCAAUUCUUAAGGCGUAUAGUACUUCUCUCGCCGAAUCGUUAAUCCUCACACCAUCUCUGUAAGGUAAGUAUAUACUUUUGGGGAUGAAGGAAAAUGGAUGUCAACAGACUUUCCAAAGACCUUGCAGCAAAUCAUUGGGCGAGUUGGAAUUAGAAUUUGGGUGCAAUAUAAGAACUUGAAAAAGAACAGAGACCAGCUGUUAAACGGCUGCUUACACUGAAUUUUAUAAUUUCUAACCAUCACAAAUUAUGGUUUACCUAGUUUACCUUUCCCAAAGAGGAUACUUAAGUUCAUAUUCAACUAAAGAACUGAAUGGUUUAGGUAACUGGUAGUGCAAUGUAGAGUUUAACUUCUGGGGUUAAAGGUCUACAUUCAAAUUUUAUUAUCUGAAAGUUGGUAUGAGCUCACUGGAGUUCUUCAGUGUUUAAAUGAAGCACUUUGUGAAAGGAUAUGAGGGGGAACAUAACUUUAGAUCUACAAUGAUCUCUGAAAAUAUGAAGUAAUCCAGUGUAUUCAAUAGGCUAAAUAUUUGCUUUUUAGCCAUUUCUUUGACUAGAGAAUAAACUGUCACUACCAAGCAGUUUUCCUGCCCCGUUUUUGGGUACUGGCACUCUUCAGAAGGCAGGGAAGUUUAUUUCACGUGCUGCGCGCACACAGCUGGUUGGAAGUUUUUCAACAAAAUGCUAAAGAGUCUCAUGAAAGUGAGUCAAGUUUCACAGGUAGAGUUACAAUGGAAACUUGGUUGGUUUCCUGGCAGACUGUCUGAGGCCACAGGAUUUCCAGGGUCUGUGGCAGUCCUAUCAUGCAAUGAAGUCAUCCAGGAAGCUCAUCUUGAGCCAGGGCUUCCAGGCUUCCUGGUGCACAGCUGGGAGCCCCAGAACAAAACCAAAUUUAGAAAUUUCUAGUGAUCUCACAUUUCAACCAGCUCUACACGAUACUGUUCAUAUAAAAAUUGCUAUCAGUUGUUAUCAACUCUGUCAGUAAUAGAAGUGAAUGGGUACGGAGUCUAAACCAUCGUCAGCUAAAAGUCUCUUCAGCUACUGUGUGACUAAGCCACUGCAGAUAAAGUACACACGACAGUUUUAUUUGCUAUAGUUUUAUUUCCUAUGGAAAGAAACUUGCUACAUUUCCAGAAUCUUUUAAAAUUAACUUGUAACAAUUUGUAUACAAUGGUGAAUAACAAAGCUACUUUUGUGUAUAGUUCAAACAAAGGCAAAUUGAAAUUUAUACUGACCUCUGAUAUCAAGCAAUUUUGUUAAAAAAAAAAAAACAAAAAAACCCACAAGGUCUUAUUUGAUUUGGCUUUACCUACAAAUGUAAUUUAGAAAUAAUACUUCUUACAUACCAAAUACAAAAACCUCAUUUUAAAAUCAAUUCAACAACUGUUCUAAAACUGUUUAACUGUUUGAUUUUAGGAAUUAGCGUUCAAAAGUCAUUCCAAGGGGAGAAAACAAUAGUUUCUGUUCCCCAGGAAAGCAGACAGUUUACAAACCAGUGCUUUGGUAAAACACUGAAGUUUUUUCGUAGGAGUAAACAACUGCUCUAAUUUUAAAAGUCUUUAGAACCCCAACAGAAUAAAAUGAGCAAACUUAUAAAAACCUAUUUUAAAAAUAGGUUACCAGUUUAGGAAGAAAAGCAAAAAUGCAUUGGGGGUGAGGUAGUAGUCACAGUGCAUCCAAAAAUAUGACUGAUAAGGGCCAGGGCUACUCAGAACAGCCUUUCUGAUUAAAUGUGUUCACUGAAGGAAGUUAUUACAAGAUGUGAAAGUGCAAUCUGACUAAUACAUAGGGUACUAAACUCCAUUCUAGAAAUAGGCCACUGGAAAAAUGGUUUAAAUGAAUAUGUAACAUCUAAUAAUCACCAUAGUAGCUAGUUUACAAAAUAAGUCCCUAUGCUCUAAUGAAUAUGCACACUGAGCUAGAUUGCAGGCUAAACCAUAGGGCAGUACAUUGGUACUUACUGAAACUUCAAGAAAUGUACUUCUGACCCCCCCACCCCAUAAAUUAGUUUUACCCUAGUAUUCAACCGUAUGUCCAGAAGUUUAAGAAAACCAGACUGCACAAAUCUCUCAACUUCUGAUUUCUUCCUGCCUGCCAUCUACUCAACCAGCAAGACACACGUGGAACUGCUGACCUGUCCUCCUUGACACUAAAGUGCUGCCUCUGUUAAAUGAUAAUCCAGCAAAAGCCUUUAAAAACCUUGCUACUGCCAAGGCUUGACCCCCCCCGCCCCCGCCGCUAUUUUUCUAUCCUCUGGGCCCAGUACAGUCUCCUAGUGGACUAAUUGUAUUUGACUGCCUGCAUGGCACUAACGUCGUAUAAUUAAGUGCAGCUUUCUGGCUCCUCAAUUAUUAUUUAUGAUGGCAAUAAAUAGCCACAUAUGCAUACAUAUAGUAAUGCGCUCAGAGCUCUACUCCAGCAGUUUGAGUUAUAACUUGUUCUGAGCUGGCAUAAAAGCACUCAACCUUCUACCACCACUGACAUUUUUGACCAUUUAAAUAUCAUUAGUUCCUCACCACACCUAGUACCUUUUCUUCAGAUGAUAACAUUUCACAUUGUGUUCCAUAUUCAGUUUUAGUCUAGAGCAGUAGAUGGAAUAUACAGUAAAUUAUUUCAGCUAAAAAUAAUUCCUACCUUUCAUGCCAACACUUCUAGAGUAAAUCCUUACUUUAAGGGGGUCCCCCCGCCCCCCCGCAGCUUUUUAAAACGAGAGCCUC